AUGCUGGACGGGCUGAAGAUGGAGGAGAGUUUGCAGAGCGCCCUGGACCCCGCGACCCCCUUCUCCUCCUUGCUGGGUAAAGCCGCGACCCCCAAGUCGGUGUGCGAAGGGUGCCAGCGAGUGAUUUUGGACCGGUUCUUGCUGCGCCUGAACGACAGCCUGUGGCAUGAGCAGUGCGUCCAGUGCGCGUCCUGCAAGGAGCCCCUGCAGACCACCUGCUUCUACCGCGACAAGAAGCUCUACUGCAAGCUGGACUAUGAGAAGCUGUUCGCGGUGAAGUGCGCGGGCUGCCUGGAGGCCGUGGCGCCCAGCGAGCUGGUGAUGCGCGCCCAGAAGAGCGUCUACCACCUGCACUGCUUCUGCUGCUGCGUCUGCGAGCGGCGCCUGCAGAAGGGAGACGAGUUCGUGCUCAAGGAGGGGCAGCUGCUCUGUAAGGGCGACUACGAGAAGGAGCGGGAGCUGCUGAGCUUGGUGAGCCCGGCUCUGUCGGAUUCUGGCAAAAGUGAUGAUGAGGACAGCAUCUGCAAGCUGGGCCAGGCCUCGGGGAAGGGCUCUGAGGACGGGAAGGAUCACAAACGGCCCAAGAGGCCUCGGACCAUCCUGACCACGCAGCAGCGGAGGGCGUUCAAGGCCUCGUUUGAGGUCUCCUCCAAGCCCUGCAGGAAGGUGCGGGAGACGCUGGCGGCAGAGACGGGGCUGAGCGUCCGUGUGGUGCAGGUCUGGUUCCAGAACCAGCGAGCAAAGAUGAAGAAGCUCGCCAGGAGGCAGCAGCAGCAGCAGCAGGACCAGCAGAACACGCAGCGCCUGAGCUCAGCCCAGACGAACGGCGGCGGCGGGCCGGGGCUGGAGGGGAUGCUGAACCCCUACACGGCGCUGCCCCCGCCGCAGCAGCAGCUGCUGGGCAUGGAGCAGAGCGUCUACGGCUCCGACCCUUUCCGGCAGGGGCUCACCCCGCCCCAGAUGCCCGGAGACCACAUGCACCCCUACGGUGCCGAGCCCCUCUUCCACGACCUGGACAGCGACGAUACCUCACUGAGCAACCUGGGGGACUGCUUCCUGGGCACAGCAGAUGCAGGGCCUCUCCAGGCACGAGUGGGAAACCCCAUCGACCACCUGUACUCCAUGCAGAACUCCUACUUCACCUCCUGA